AUGGAUCGCCAACCCAAUGCCCAAAAUCUCCGACUCGCUCCUUUUAACGACAUAAUCAUCAAGAGAGAAUUGGCCUACGCGCUUUCUUUCCUCAUCCUCCUCAUCUCUUCCAUCGUCUCCCUUAGAUAUGUGAGCCCUUUUCAGUCGCGCUCUCUUAUUCCAAACUUCUUGUCCCAAAUCCUUCCCGGCAACAGAAAAAUAGCAGCAGCAGAAGAAGCUUGUGAUUACUCUAAUGGCAGAUGGGUUUGGGAUGACCACCCCCCGCUUCUGCCCUACACCGAGAACUGCCCCUUCCUCGAUCCCGGCUUCCGCUGCCGCCAAAAUGGACGGCCCGAUGAAGACUAUCUCAAGUGGCGAUGGCAACCCAAAGGCUGUGAUCUUCCCAGAUUUAAUGCGAGUGAUCUAUUGGAAAGGAGCUGGAAUGGAAGAAUAGUGUUUGUGGGGGACUCACUGGGGAGAAACCAGUGGGAGUCAAUGGUGUGCAUGCUUGCACAAGCAGUCUCUAACCAGUCCACAAUAUACGAAGAGAAUGGAAACCCCAUAACCAAACACAAGGGCUAUCUCUCCAUUAGGUUCCACCAACACAAUCUCACAGUGGAGUACUACAGGGCACCUUUUCUGAUCACCGUCGGCCGGCCGCCGCCGGAUUCGUCGGAGGAAGUUCGGGCUGCCAUUAUGGUGGACAAGCUGCAUCCUUAUUCCAAACGCUGGGUGGGAGCGGAUGUUCUAGUUUUCAACGCCGGGCAUUGGUGGAAUAAAGACAAAACUGUCAAAAUGGGCAAGUACUUUCAUGAAGGAGGGAUUGUGAACAAGAGCAUGGAAGUGACGGAAGCAUUUCGAAGGUCUUUGCAGACAUGGAAGUCUUGGGCACUACACAAUCUUGAUCCACAGAGAAGCCAUAUCUUCUUCCGCAGCUUCUCUCCUGUGCAUUAUAGGGGCGGGACAUGGAACCAAGGGGGGAGAUGCGACACAAACACAGAACCAGAAACAAACUACGCAAAGCUGGAAGCAGAGGCUGCAGACAAUGUGGUGAUACACGAUGUAGUUGAGGAGAUAGGAGACGCAGACAGGAAGGUAAAGGCGGAGUUUUUGAACAUAUCAUAUUUAUCAGAGUUCAGGAGAGAUGGUCACGCGUCAAUCCACAGGGAGGCAGGCACUCCAGUAGGUGCACCCCAAGACUGCAGCCACUGGUGCCUCCCCGGCGUCCCCGACACUUGGAAUCAACUCCUCUAUGCUCACCUUUUGCUCCUGGGUUUCACUACCAAUUUUAAUUCUUAAUUAAUGAAUUAUUUCAAGGAGAAGAUUGGAGGAUGGUCGUUGGGCCAUCGGGUUUGGCCUCUCUUUCUUGUUCACUUACAUGUUCUUAUAUGUUAUGUCAACAUGUGUAUAAUUACGAGCUAAGUGUUGGAAAAUAAUUUAGUGAAAUCUUAUGAUUUAUA